AUGGCUAAAUUUCUCAAAAGAAAAUCAACAAUAGACCAAUCAUCCUCAUCAGUCCAAGAAAGUAAAGCCAAUGAUAAAGAAAAUGAUCCAUUAAAAGAAAGUCAUGUAAAACUAGAAACCAUCUUGAAAGAUCUUCCAUCUGAUCUAGCUCUACGGCCUAAAAUCAAUCAUUAUCAUCCUAAUUAUAGGGAUGCAAUUCGAAGAUUUUACUUGCAAAAGAGUUGUUGCCAGCCUCGAAAUCAUGUAUUUCCACUGACAAAAUUUGGAAAAGGAUAUUGCCGAUUUAAUCCUACUUGGUUUGAUGUGUAUGGCGAUUGGCUUGAGUAUAGUGUGAUCAAAGAUGUUGCAUUUCGUUUGUAUUGUUAUCUUUUUAGACCUGCCAUUAUAAGCCAAGCUGGUAGUGACGCUUUCGGGUUGGCAUUUCGUGGCCUUGUUGAAACUGAAGACUCAAAGAACCAAGUACCAGUGAUUCAAAAAGAUAUUGUGAAUACUGCGGCAAAUGAAAUCACAAAAGCUAUCAUUAGUGAUCUUGGAGAUGACAUAUUUUCAGUUUUGAUUGAUGAGUCUCGUGAUGUGUCAAUUAAAGAACAAAUGGCUAUUGUCAUACGUUAUGUAGAUAAAAAGGGUCAUGUACUUGAGCGCUUUCUUGACAUUGUACAUGUUAGUGACACAACUGCAGUAUCACUUAAGAUGGCUCUUGAGUCAUUAUUUUGUAAGUAUGGAUUGAGUUUGUCAAGAUUACGUGGACAAGUUUAUGAGGGCUUGAUUACUAAUUUGAUAAAUGUUAUUGGAGGUUCAUGCAAGCGUGGAGAUAUGCUUCGGGAGAGCCAAGUUAAUAAACAUGUUGAAGUGCUAGAAAUUGGUGAAGUUAGCAAGGGACAAAGUUUGAAUCAAGAGACAAAGUCUAAAACGAGUUGGUGA